CUCUGCUCAGUUUGAUUUAGUCGGGAAUGAAUUUAGCUGUGCGAAGUUGAGUGACAUUUCAGAUCUAUUAUUCAAAAUGCAAAUCUACCUCAGAGUGUUUGGCAUAAUUUUUAUUUUCUUAUUCAAUAAAGUGAACUUUAUAACAAUGGAAGAUUCGAACUGCACUGUUUCCAGAAAUUUGGAUAGCCAAUGCGGUGGCUACUGCUACAAGAUUGUUAAGGUUCUGCUUGAACAUGCCUCUUCCGUAUAUAUGAAAGAGAAAAAGUAUACAGAAUUGGAAGCUAAACUUCAUGAACAAGAACAAGUUAUCAAACAUAUGGAGACACAGGAACUUAUUAUGCAGGCAAAUCUUACUUUCCAUAGAGAAACUAUUAAAAGUAAAGAUAUACAAUUGGCGCUUCAACUUGAGCUGAUAAACUCAUAUAAAAGAAAUAAUUUAACGGAUAUAGCUGAAAAAGAUUUGGAACUACUUAAAUUGAAAGCUUUAAACAAUGACAAGGACCUUCAACUGAACAAUCAGAAUAAACAACUCACAUCGAAGAUCUCCGCUAACGAAGAUCAACCCAUCUCUGACAGAUGCCUAGGUAAAUCGACUGGAGUGUACACGAUAAAAGUUUCCGAAAUGAAGACAUUGUCCGUAGUCUGUGACUCAGACUUGGCCGGUGCCGGAUGGAUUGUGGUACUACGCCGGAUUAAUGGUCAAGUGACAUUUAACCGAAACUGGGAAGAGUAUAAGGCAGGUUUUGGAAAUCAGCACGGAGAGUUCUUUAUAGGCUUAGAGAACCUCCAUCUACUGACGCAAUCGCAACCUCACGAUUUAUAUAUACGCCUUACGGAUUUUAAAAAUGAAGCUCGGUUCGCCCGUUACAGUAAUUUUCUCAUUGGAAACGAAACAGAAUCCUAUGAGCUAAAAAGGCUUGGAGAAUAUUCAGGAAAUGCUGUUGACGCCUUCAGAUAUCAUGAACACAUGAAAUUUUCAACGCCAGAUCGAGAUAAUGAUUUGAAAGUCGGAAAUUGCGCCAAAGAUCACAACUCCGGAUGGUGGUUUCAUAAGUUUUAUAGCUGCAAUCUAAAUGGGGAAUAUCGAAACGAUGACACUGGUAAUAAUGGAGUUGAUUGGAAAACAUGGCAAGGAAGAUCGCUGAAAUUUGUACAAAUGAUGAUUAGACCAACUUCUCAUUAGUUAUAGUUUGCUACCAACCUCGGAUGAUAAAACUGAACCGCACUGGAUAACUAAGGAAUACAUAAGGAAAUAUAUGGCUGGAACUUUUUGAACAUAUAUAAAUAUGAACUGAAUUUUUGAUAUGAAAUCUACCAUUUAAAACUUUUUCAAUAUUUUAACGUACACAAUUUGUAUAUUUUGCUUAACGUAACUUUUCUUAAAAAAUAAAUUUUAUUUGCAUUUA